AUGCUGUUUGAAAAUGUCAACAGAAUAAUAGAAUCUAACUGGGGUUUACUAAUCGGCUAUCGUUCUCAGAACCGGCUGCAGCUGUUGUUGGUGGUGUUUCGCUUCUUCUCUCUUCUUCUAUUUCUCGUGUCGAUCAAGGGGAUAAUUGCUGGUGAAGUCGAUUCUUGUUGGGUUGACGGCGACAUGGGUUAUCUCAAUUCGGUGCUCUCGUCUUCGAAUCAGGUUUAUGCGGAGGAUGGCCCUGUAAGCGGGGGUGGUCUCAGUCAGAAUGGAAAGUUCAGCUAUGGAUAUGCAAGCUCACCAGGGAAGAGAUCUUCAAUGGAAGACUUUUAUGAAACAAGAAUUGAUGGUGUUGAAGGGGAGAUAGUUGGUCUUUUUGGAGUUUUUGAUGGUCAUGGAGGUGCAAGAGCUGCUGAGUAUGUGAAACAAAACCUUUUCAGUAAUCUGAUCAACCACCCGAAGUUCAUUUCAGAUACCAAAUCUGCUAUAGCUGAUGCAUACAACCACACAGACUCAGAGUUCCUCAAAUCAGAAAAUACUCAGAAUAGGGAUGCUGGUUCAACUGCUUCCACAGCUAUCCUUGUUGGGGAUAGGCUGCUUGUUGCCAAUGUUGGAGACUCAAGAGCUGUCAUCUGUCGGGGUGGAAAUGCUAUUGCUGUUUCUAGAGAUCAUAAGCCUGACCAAACUGAUGAACGGCAAAGGAUUGAGGAUGCUGGAGGAUUUGUAAUGUGGGCAGGCACCUGGAGAGUUGGAGGUGUUCUUGCAGUGUCUCGGGCAUUUGGUGAUCGGCUCUUGAAGCAGUAUGUUGUUGCUGACCCAGAAAUCCAGGAAGAGAAAGUUGACAGCUCUCUUGAAUUUCUCAUCCUUGCGAGUGAUGGAUUAUGGGACGUUGUAACUAAUGAGGAAGCUGUUGACAUGACGAAACCUAUUGACGACCCAGAGCAGGCGGCAAAGAGGUUGUUGCAUGAGGCAUACCAGAGAGGCAGUGCAGAUAACAUUACAUGCGUCGUCGUUCGCUUCUUGGCUGCCUCUCACUCUCACGGUGGUGGUGGUACCACCUCUCAAGGAAGCAACCCUCCUCCUCAAGCGGGCAACACCUCGCACUCACACCCCUGA